AUGCUAUCAGAUGGCUCUCAAUCUAAAGAUACAAAAAAUUCCACGCGAAACUACCAAUAUUCAACACCUUCAAAACAAACUGCAUGCCAAUCGCUGAAUUCAUCAGCAGUAGGAGCUGCUCAACAACAUGCUUCUCGAACAGCUACGAUGUCGUCAGCGAAAAUUGUUCAGCAUUGUCAAGGCGGCUUAAAAAAACAAAAAGUAUGCCACAUUUUUUAA